AUGGCAAAUCAUGGUGAUUCAGGUGGUGUUCGUGCUUUGGUUCGCCAUACGGCUGCGAUGGCUGAAUUAGCCAUUCAUGCUGGUCAUCCAGAUCGAAAACAUAAUGAAUAUUUACCAUAUCCUGAUGAUAAUUUUGAUGAAAUUGAUGAUGAACGUUUUGAAAGAACUGGUAAAUUUACUAUUGAACAUAUACAUAAUCGUCGUGGAGAAACAUUUGUCCCUAAUGCUCGAGUUCAUAUUAAAUCAAUUGUUGCUGACCGUACUUAUGCCGCUUUUACAGAAUUUCUUAAUCCUUAUUUAUAUUGUAUAACAACUCGAUAUGGUCCUUUUGAAUGGUCUGUUUAUAAACGUUACCGACAUUUUCACGAUUUACAUAAAGCCUUGGCUCACUUCGUUGAAAUAGAAACAAAAAGAUCAUUGAGUGAUUUAGAAAAAAAAACAUUAGAGAUGUAUAGAAUUACUCUAACCUAUCUUACAGGACUUCAAGAUGAAAAUAAUGAAUAUCCAUGUUUCCCAACAAGAAAUGAUCGUAUGGCAUUUAUUAAUGAUGCUAUUAUUCAAGAACGUUGUGAAAUUCUUGCCGAAUAUCUCAAUAAAGUUCUCAAACAUCCUAAAUUUCGUAGACAUCCAGCAACGUGUGAAUUUUUUGAAGUAAGUUGUUUAUCAUUCAUCUAUGGUAUAUCAAUUAGUCGAAAAGAAGGAUAUCUAUUAAAACGAUCGCAUGAUGAUUAUCGUGGUCAGCAUACGUUUUUUCGUCUACCAUUUUUUUGUGAUGUAUGUAAACGUCAUCAUGAUCGAAAAUGGUUUAUUAUUAAAGAUAGUUAUAUAACUUACAUACGACCUAAUACGCAUGAAUUACGUUUUCCAAUGUUAGUUGAUCGUGGUUUUCACAUUCUAACUGGUAUUCGUCAUGUUCGUACUUAUCGUGGUAUUAAAAUAAAAAAUUUACAACGUACAUUAGUAAUUAAAUGUCGAACAACACGUGAUUCUGAUGAAUGGACACAACAUUUAGCAGAAUUAAUUGAACAAGCAAAAGGUUUUGUCGAUAAAACAGCAAGUCGAUUUAAUUCAUAUGCACCUAUUCGAGAAAAACAACUAGCUUACUGGUUUAUUAAUGGUAAAUCAUAUAUGGAAGCCGUCGCUAAAGGACUUUUAACAGCGAAAGAAGAAGUUUUCAUUACAGAUUGGUGGCUUUCACCUGAAGUCAUGUUAGUAAGACCAACAGAAGACGAAGAAUUUCGACUUGAUAAUAUAUUAGGAAGAAUAGCUGAUGCAGGAGUUCGUGUUUAUGUAAUGGUUUUUAAAGAAAUGUCAUUUGCUGUAGGCUUGAAUAGUUCAUAUACAAAACGAAUAUUAACUAGUAAAAGUAAAAGAGGAUUUAUUAAAGUGAUUCGACAUCCAGAUCACCAUCCUAACGGUGGAGUAUUAUUGUGGUCUCAUCAUGAAAAAAUGGUUGUUAUCGAUCAAAAAAUUGCUUUUGUUGGUGGAAUUGAUUUAUGUUAUGGCCGUUGGGAUGAUGAUUUUAUGCGUCUUGUGGAUUUGGGCGCAGAAAAUGAUACAACAUUGAAAUCGCCAUAUGAUAUAGUUGUAGAAAACGCAGCGGCAGGUGGCACAGAAACUGUAGAGUCAGCACAAAAAGCUACUACACAAAUGGCUGAACAAGCUGGUGAAAAACCAAUAAAGAGUAGUGAUCGUUUAAGAACAGUGUUUAGUGCUCCAAAUAAAGCAAGUGAAGAUAUUAAAUUUGGUGAACCCACUCAUGAACAUAAGAUAGAAUUUCGAAGGAAAGCAUUAACUAAAAAAUAUAUACCAACAACAUCUGAUCGAAGAAUGUUUGAAGAUGAUGAAAAAGUUGCUCGACGACCAGACAAAUAUGCACGGAAAUGGCGAAAAUUAGCUCAAAAAGCGAAAAAAGGCAGUGAUGAUUCUGAUAAUGAAGAAGUUGUCGAAGAGCCACAAGCAGUUAUUAGUUUAUCACUUGAAAUUGAUAGAAGACAGAAACUUUUUAUUGGAAAAGAUUAUUCCAAUGUAUAUGAAAAAGAUUUUGAAACACUUGAGAAAUACAGUGAAGACUUUAUUGAUCGAAAAAUAGUACCUCGCAUGCCAUGGCAUGAUGAAGCACUUGUUGUAUUUGGUCAAACAGCUCGAGAUGUUGCGCGACACUUUAUUCAACGAUGGAAUAUCCAUAAAUGUGAAAAAUAUCUAAAUAAUGAUAAUUAUCCAUUUCUAUUACCCAAGUCUUAUGAUGAUGAAGAAGAUUUAACUGUUAAAAAUUGGAAAGAUUUUCUUGAAAGUAGACCAUUAAAAGUAGAUGCUCAGUGUGUUCGUUCCGUUGGUCCAUGGUCGGCAGGUACAAAAACAAUUGAAUCAUCAAUUCAAAAUGCUUAUAUACAAAUGAUUGAUGCUGCUAAACAUUAUAUUUAUAUUGAAAAUCAAUUCUUUAUUACUAUUGCUCAAGAUCCAGACGUUCGAAACCUAUUAGGUGAUACUCUUUUUCGACGUAUAGAACGAGCACAUAAAUUGCAAGAAAAGUUUCGUAUUUAUGUUGUUCUUCCUCUUUUACCCGGUUUUGAUAGCAUUAAUGCUGUACAAGCUGUACUCUAUUUUAUUAUGCGUUCAAUUACUAAGGGUGAUAGUUCAUUAUUUAAACGGCUUGAAAGAGCAGGUAUUCCACCAAACGAUUAUAUUAGUUUUUUUGGUAUGCGUACUCAUGAUAUUCUUAUGGGUCGCUUAGUAACUGAAAUAAUAUAUGUUCAUUCAAAACUAAUGAUUAUUGAUGAUCGUAUGGCUAUAUGUGGUAGUGCAAAUAUAAAUGAUCGUUCAUUACUUGGUCAACGUGAUAGUGAAUUUUGUAUUGUAAUAAAUGAUCGUGAAGAAGAACAAGGCCGAUUUAAUGGGCAACCAUAUCGUAUCGGAAAAUUUUGUUCUAGUUGGCGAAGAAAACUUUUUGCCAUGCUAUUAGGUAUUCAAUUUGAGAAUUCAAAAAAUAUUGAUAUAACUGAUCCAGUAUCAGAAGAAUUUUAUAAUUAUUUUCGAGCUAUAGCAAGAAAAAAUACACUCAUUUAUGAAGAAGUUUUUGCUACAAUGCCAAGUGAUCAUGUUAGAAAAUUUGAUCAAAUUUCUGGAUAUAAUGGUAUGGCAAAAAUGGCAGAUACUGAUCCAAUACAAGCUCAACAAAAAUUAAAAGAUAUUCAAGGUCUUGUUGUUGAAUAUCCACUUUACUUCCUUGAUGAAGAAGAUUAUCUACCAAGUAUAAACACUCCCGAAGGUAUCGUUCCAACUGUUACGUGGACAUAG